AUCAGAGAGAAGCAGCAAGCCACAGCACACCUUACCUCCUUAGCAUCUUCACAGAAUAAGAGAAGAGAGUGAUUUUCUGUUUGUCCCUGUUUAUAUACCGUCACUGCCCAGCUGCAGCAAAGAACAACACCACUACCCACGCCCAGAAUGAGGACUAUGAGGUAGCCAACAUCCAUUUCACCUAGAACUCUCAAAGUUUAUGAAGGAGCCAAACCUACAGACCCAAAGCUACAGGAUCUCCAUGACACAAGGCAACAAUAGUUAUCCAAGAGAAAUCCUAAUAAGAGCUUCCUAUCAAAGGUAUAGUAGAAGCCAGAGGCAUCAAACCAGACUAAUGACUCAUUGGAUGAACACUGACAAGAACAUAUGUAUGGGAGCCAGAGGCGGGUCCCCGCGGGAGGAAGCGUGCGGACCAUCGUGGGCACCAUCGUCUGCUGCUGCUGCUGCUGAAGCUGGGAAGACACCUGGGGAAAAUGCACCGGGAAAAAUCCGGUGCCUGCAGGAUCGGCACUGGUGCUUCAGGUAGUCAAAGAAGACCAGGGAGUCUUCAGCAGAGCUGAAGCAGCUGCCUGGCGUCCUUGCAAGGAAGGGACUGCAAGCGAGGAUGCUUAGCUCUGAGGAAGAGGAGAGACUGCACAGAGACCAAGCCUUGGUGUCUGAUUUUAAACAGCAAAAACUGGAAAAAGAGGCUCAAAAGAACUGGGACCAUUUUUACAAAAGAAACAGUACCAAUUUCUUCAAGGACAGACACUGGACCACCAGAGAGUUUGAGGAGCUAAGAUCGUGUAGGGAGUAUGUAGGUCAAAAAUUGACUUUGUUGGAAGCUGGAUGUGUGGUUGGGAACUGUUUAUUCCCACUUUUAGAAGAGGAUUUGAAUAUCUUUGCCUACGCCUGUGAUUUUUCUCCGAGGGCAGUUGACUAUGUUAAACAAAAUCCUUUAUAUAAUACGGAGAGAUGCAAAGUAUUCCAGUGUGACCUCACUAGAGAUGACCUCCUUGACCAUAUCCCACCAGAGUCUGUGGACGCCGUCACACUGAUCUUUGUGCUCUCGGCUGAUCACCCUGAGAAGAUGCACCUCGUCUUACAAAAUGUGUACAAGGUAUUAAAGCCAGGCAGAAGUGUCUUGUUCCGUGACUAUGGGCUGCACGAUCAUGCCAUGCUUAGAUUUAAAGCUGGGAGCAAACUUGGAGAAAAAUUUUAUGUCAGACAAGAUGGAACCAGAUCCUAUUUUUUCACUGAUGAAUUCCUGGCGAAGCUCUUUGUGGAUGCGGGCUAUGAAGAAGUGUCAAACGAAUAUGUGUUUCGAGAAACAGUGAACAAAAAAGAAGGCCUUUGUGUGCCACGAGUUUUCCUUCAGGGCAAGUUCCGGAAGCCUCCAAAGGACUUAGACCCUACCAUUGACUCUGCUUCACUUUGAAGAAAGGAGUGUUAAACUACUUCAUAUAUUUUUAUAUCCUGAAUUUUUAAAAUUACAUUUGUAAGUUUUGUAUUAAGAAGUGAGGGGACUGCUCAGCAGGUAAAGUGUUAGCUGUGCAAGCCUGACCACUCAAGUGUGACCCCAGGGGUCUGUGUCUAGGAAAAAAGACGGGGUGCUGGAGAGAUGGCUCAGGGGUUCAGAGUGUUGGCUGCUCUUGCAGGAGACCUGGGUCCAUUGCCAGCACCCACAUGGCAGCUCACAGCCAUCUGUAACUCUAGUCCCAAGGGAUCAGUGGGCAUGGCAUACCCUUUCUGGCCUUUUCAGGUGGUACAUAGACAUACAUGCAGGCAAAACACCCAAAUUAAAAAAGAAAACAUCCAGGUUUGGCAAUUUGAAUCUGUAAUCCCAGUACUCCUACCUCAACAAAAGCAGAGAUAAGAAUCAUCUGGAAGCUCCAGGACCAGCCAGCCUGGAGUACACAGUGUGGCAGA